AUGGCCAAAUACAUCCAUUGGGACGCUCCUGGAGUGGAGGUUGAGCAGCCUGGCGAACAGGAGAGGAUCAAGCAAGUGGCGGAGCAGUUCUGCAGAUUCCAGAUGAUGAAUUUCGACGAACAUCAUCACGCUCUACGAGGCACUCACCUCAAGACUCAGGGGUGCGUUGCUGGUAAAUUCAUCGUGCACGACAACCUUCCUCCACAUCUCGCUCAAGGCAUGUUUGCAAAGCCUGGUGUAUACGAUGUUAUUAUGCGGUAUUCUUCUCUCACGCCCAAACUUGUUCCUGACAAUGUCCCUGCACCACGUGGCAUUGGAAUGAAGAUUUUUGGCGUCGAGGGCGAGAAGAUCUGGGGAGAAGGCAAGAAAACCCAGGACUGGACCUUCAAUAAUUAUCCCAUCCUCGAACUUCGUGAUGCUCAAACUACGUAUGAAAUUGCAGACUCGAUUGAAAGGAACUGGGACAAUAUGCCAGGAUUUGAGGAUGAACUUAAGAAGCGUCCGGACGCCGACGUUGCAUGUCGACCAGCCACAAUUCCCCCGCAACACAUGGUGGCAAUGCCAGAAUACUCACAAUCGGCAUAUCGCUUCGGUGACUACGUGGCCAAAUUCGGUGUAUUCCCGCUGGGCCAAGAGCAAAAGAAGCUCGAAAACACCCACAUCAAGGACACCGACCCAAAGAAUGUCAUCUCGCAAGAGCUUCGCAAAUUUCACAUGAAAAACAAGGUUACAUACUCGUUCUGCGCGCAGCUUCUUCAGAACCUGAUCGAGCAGCCGGUCGAGGACAUUGGCAUUGAGUGGGACGAGAAGAAGUAUCCUUUCGAGCAGAUUGCCACCCUCGAGUUCGAACCACAGGAUAGUUGGCUGCCGGAAUUUCGAGUCUGGUGGGAUGAUCGGAUCACCGUCAACAGCUGGCAUGGCCUCAAGGUCCACCAACCCCUGGGCAGCACCAACCGCGUCAGAAGAGUCGUGUAUGCUGAGUCUCGGAAGUUGCGGUUGAGAGUGAACGGUCAUAAGGACUAUAUUGAGCCUGCAAGCUUGGAAGAAGUGCCAUGCCAGGUGGCGGCGCAGGCAUAG